UGCAUAAUAUAUUUUAUUAUUUUACGCCUUUAUAGUGCCUACCUAUCCAAACGUGCUUAUCGAAGAAACAUAAAUUUUAAACGGCAUGGCUAUCUGUAUUAUAAUAUAUAGGUAUACACUGAUUGCGCUAAUCAAAGGUUAUAAUAAAUAAUAAUUUAUAUUUCACACACUAUUUAGGCACCACCGGUGUUUUAGUCGUCAUCGUAAUCACGCGUUCAGGCCGCAGUUAACGUUUAGUAGUCGAGUGUCGCUGAAUACACGUCUUACAUAGGUAUAUUAUCUGCAAAUAUGUUGAAAAUCGGAUUUUUUGGUGCCGGCAAAAUGGCUCAAGCGUUGGCCAAAGGUUUCUUGACGGCCGGUCUCGUAAAAGGUGAAAACAUCACAGCCAGCUGCGCCCCACAAGACACGCAAUGCGUCGAAGUUUUCGAGGGAUUCGGAUCGAAAGUGACUUUCGACAACCGGUCGGUGGUCGACAACUCCGACGUCCUACUGCUGGCCGUUAAACCGUCCGUGGUCAAGACGGUAUUGGACCAGAUCCGUCCGAAUUUCACGUCCAGCAGACACCUGUUACUGUCCGUCGCCAUGGGUGUCACCGUAAAUCAGUUGGAAAAUCUCUUACCAGACGGCUCAAGGGUAAUGCGAGUGAUGCCUAACACUCCUGCUUUGGUUCAGUGCGGUGCUUCCGUGUACGUGCCGGGAAAACGGGCGACGGACGAAGACGAGAAGCUGACGGCAAAACUUUUGUCAUCUGUGGGCACGGCGGAGCGCGUACAAGAGUACUUGAUGGAUCCGAUCACUGCGCUCAGCGGUUCCGGUCCGGCAUACGUGUACGUGAUUAUCGAAGCUCUGGCCGACGGUGCCGUUCGCAUGGGAAUGCCUAGAGACAUGGCCUAUAGAUUGGCGUCGCAGACGGUCCUGGGCGCGGGGACAAUGGUUCGAGAGACGAAAGAACAUCCAGGAAAACUCAAGGAUGAUGUAACCUCGCCAGCGGGUUCUACAGCGGCCGGUCUUUGUGCUCUGGAACAUGGUGGCCUAAGGUAUACAAUCAUUGACGCUUUGGAAAAAGCUACUGAAAAAUGUAAGGAAACUUCAAAAGCGCUUUAAGUGAAUCACCCGAUGUAAACAUUCGAGUUGAAUGUAUAUCUAGUCUUAUUAACAGUCAUUUUCGAAAUAAUUUAACUGUUUAAAUCUGUAUUGUACAUGUUUUAUACUAUAUUAUUACUACCUAAUUUUAUUUAUUUUUUACGACUGUGUUCAAAGUACAUUAAUUGUUCUUAUAUUAUAAUGUUUAUUGUUUCUUUCUCGAUUAAUCAAAUUACGUAAGUACCUAUAUUGGAUAGUUCAAAGUUCACCAAUAUUUUGAUCUAUAUAAUCUUAGGAGGUAAACAUUUAUACUUGUGUUAUAAAUAUUAUAAUCAUAGUGAAAACGGUUAUGAAAUAGUUACCAUACUGAAUUGACAUUUAAACAAUAAUUAUUAUAAUUCGAUAACAUGAAAGAUAAUAGAGUAUUAUCUAAAUCAUGUUUGCUAUUUAAAUAAUAUUUAUUCUUAAGGAUUCCUGAAUUCUUAAUAACGCGGAUAUUGUCUUUAAUCUUUAACAUUGUCUAUAUAUUUGUAGCCUAAGACAUGUCAUAAUGAGUAUGUUAUUGUUAUAUUAAUUACUAAUACACAAUGUUAAGGCCGAAGC